GGGCAGCCUCAGUCUAUCACAGCACUCAGAGAGCACCGCUAAGCUCGGCAGUGUGAGGUGACCCCAGCAGUGUGAGGUGAUCCGGGGGCCCGGCAGUGUGGGGUGAUCCGGGGGCCCCGGCACUCAGGGGACCCCCUCCCCCGGGAGACCAGGGCCAUGUCGGACCCCACGGUCACCGCCUUCCUGACCAAGCUGCUGUGCUCGCACGGGGGGCGGCUGCCGAGGGAGCGGCUGACGCAGCUGCUGGAGCUCCCCCCGGAGCAGAUCGGGCAGAUCCUGCAGGAUGAGGCGCAGAGGUUCCCGCAGGUGGGAGAGCUGGUCCUGGCCCAGAGCCCCGUCAGGAUCUGCCGCAAGUACCGGAAGAAAGAGGAGGAGGAGGAGUGCGGGAGCCUGCACCUGUGCAGGGAGUACAUGCGGGGCACAUGCUGGCCGGACAUGAGGUGUCCGCGCUGGUUGUCCCAUAAUAUGUUAUCAGAUCACAAUCAGAUGGUGCUGAAGGAUAAUGAGCUCAGCGGGCUAAAUGACCAGGAAUUAAAGGUCCUUCUGCUGCAGAAUGACAGCCAGCUGCUACCGGAGGUCUGUUGGAAAUACCUGGAAGUCACCUGUGAGCAAGGAAAUGCGUGUACACGGCUGCACGUCUGUGAAUAUUUCACGCGAGGGGAAUGUAACCGCCGUGUUUGCAAGAAGUCGCACAAUCUUCUGGAGGCGAGCCCCGAUUUACUGCAUGAUCGCCACAAGCUACCUGUCGACGCUGUGCAGAACUUUCAGAUGCUCUGCGUACUCAAACAUAACCAGCGGCUCCAGGAACGAGGCAAAGACGUGAGAAGGAGGGCAAUGCGAGGCCGCAGGGGCAGAGACUGGCGAAGAUCCAAAACUAGACGUAGAACUGUAUCUCGGUGCGUAAUGCAGGACAGGAGUCGAAAAAGACAGAUGAAAGGAAAAGGGUUCCAGGUUCGGGGGAGAUCUAGCAGCCGACCAGCGUCUGAGAGUGGCGAGAGCGAUCAUUGCGAGUCUGUAGAAGAUGACGAUGACGAUGGACAUGAGAAACCUGAGCUAGAAAAGUUAAAAGAUGACUGGUGUAGACCCAAAACACCCGGUUCAGGCAACACACACGUGGGAUCAGAUAGACGACUCAAAUUAGCUGCACCGUCAUGCAACGCGCCCAAAGUGCAUCCUCCUUUGUCAGAUACUACUAUACCUAAUGCAGCGCAAGCUCGCACAGAGGGACUGCCAUCUGCUAGAUCAGACAAAGCAAUGAGUGCACCAAGCGCUCCACUUACAGGAUCCAGUGAGACAAUCGGACCAUCCCGUGUUACCACAAAGUCAAAUUAUUCCACCGCUGGUGACCCCAGUUUUAUAAUGGUCGCAUCUAUAAGAGAUACUUAUACUUCUCACCCAACACCGCCUGCAGGAUCUACUAAGCCUGUAAUUACUCCAAUCUCAGCAACAUGGAGUGCAUUAUCCACUGCCCAGCCCUCGACACAGUACAGUAGAAUAAACAGGACAACAUCAUCUCCAGUAAUCCCUCCAGUCACUGUGACACGCCUUGGGGAGCGUUAUCAACCGAAUACUACUUCACAUAAUGCUGCGCAAAUCAGAACGGAGCAAGUAUCACCUGCUGCAUCCAGCAACGCAAUGAAUACACCAACUGACGCACUUCAAAAAUCCAGUCAACGGCUUGGACCAUCUACUGUUCCACCAACAUCUUCAGUUAGCUUGACUUCAAAUAAGCCAACACAGCUCACUGGAGCAAUGUCGGUAUCCAGCAACGUGUCCAAUUAUCAGAGGAGGAGGCCACGCCGUAUUCCACCAGUAACGGCUCAUGCUUUAUCCACCGCUACAACACCUGCUAAGGCCGCAAUAUCUCACCUUGGAGGUACCAGAAGCCUACGUGCAUCAAACGUCUGUAACCACCCAUCCAGGCUAUCUGAGGGAGCUGACCAAUCAAGCAAGCUCCUCACCAGUGUAAAGCCAGUGUCAAGACCUGAUCUCAGCCAAUUUUCUGGCACUAGAUCAGCAGUUGAAGUUCUCAAACAUCAUCCGGUUGCCAGAACGUCCCCAGAUAGACCUACGUCAUCCAGAAAAUUCACUGUCUCGCACUACGGCACAAUGGUUUCAGUACAAGGGAGCGGGAUAGACAAGAGCCCCCUCCAGGAGGAGGAAAUCACCUGUAAUGAGGAACGUUGUAACGGUAGGGUGGAAGAACGCUCCUCCCAACAGAAGGACAAGAAGAAGAGUCUGCUAAAAUGGCUGAUCCCCCAAUGUCUGCAAACGGCAAUCGACAAAUGGAAACAAAAACGUUACUCACCAGGAAAAAAUUAUGGAGGUUAAAAAGGAGGAAGAGGAGGAGGUGGAAUGAGAAGGCCGCAGCGGGACCGGACACCAUUUGGCGCCUUCUGAUCUCUAAGACACCACUGAAUCCGGCGGCUCAUGCAAGAAAAGACGGAAAACCUGCGAGGAAUCCGUUUCCCCCCAUUCCUCCAGGAAAGGGCCAAAGUUCGGAGGAAGGAACAAGUAGAGGAUGAGGGCUGCCAGGUUCCGCUGCAGGUCUUCAUUUUAUAUAGAAAAUCAGGAUUUUGGUACUUACCGAUAAAUCCCUUUCUCCGAUUCCACAGGGGCCACUGGAGCGCAGUUACAAUGGGGAAAUAGUAGGCCGUAACUGGGAGCUGG